AGCUACUUUUGUGCAAGCAUUUGCAACUUGGAUGGAUGUCAGGAGUCAGACCAUUGAAAGAUCUGUCAGCAAUGUGUCUCCUACCAUGGCCACUUCUCUGAACACUGUCACUCUAUCUCAGAGGAUCUCUAGUAAUGGAUGUGGCAGCACCAAGUUUUGCUUCAGUAACCCUGCACAGUGCAAUCCAGCCAGUGAUCAGGACUGUUUCUUUAUGUCAUCCACUCCAAAGGGUAGCCAAGGCUUGCAAUUUGAAAUGAGUGGGAGGUCACCUGGCUACAUCUCGAUUGGUUUUUCAGAUGACCAGCAAAUGGGCAAUGAUGAUAUCUACAUUUGUGGUAAGGACAUCUCUGGCAAUAUACAAGUACAGCGUGCCUAUUCCACAGGAAGAGUACGUCCUCGCACAGAGCAGCUGGGUGAAGUGGACAGUAUAAAUGUUGCUAAUGAAAAUGGCAUCAUUCAGUGCACAUUCAACACAAGAAACAACAUAUCAACCGUACCAAGAGCUGCCAAUAAUCAGUACUACUUAUUCUUUGCGUAUGGUCCUUCUGCCGGUG